AACAGUGGUGGUGGUGUCGGCGGCGUGACGUGACGUGCUGCGGAACACAAGUAGGUCGUUAAACGUCGUCCACGCCUCGGUGUGUCGCGAGCGCGUGAUGCGGCUCGCUCCGUGAGACGGCGAGGCGGGAAAAAAAAAAAAGGAGGAAGAGGAUGAGCGGGGCAAUGGCGGAGAAGUGGCGCGGACGUUGAGGACAACACUCGGAACACAAACGUGGGACUGUUUUCUUUUAGUUUUAGUGUCCGUCAUGGAGGACUCGGAGCCCGCAGAGGACGGCUUGCUCGCGGGCUUACGGUGGAACCGGAGCGCGCGGGACCAGGCUCAGCUCAAGCACAAAAUCCGGGACCUGCCGGGACUACUUAAGCACGGACUGCACCUGCGGAAGAAGAGCCAAUCACCUGACACCAUACCAGGACCCAGUGCUGGACCCACGGUACACAAGUCUUGCUCCCAGAGUUUUCCCUGUGCUGGCCGGGCUGUGAGAAACGCCUUCCUCUCCCACGGACCAUACCCAGCUAAAGACAAGAUACACCUGGCCAGAAUCAUACGACGCAGUUAUGUGGGCGUGGAGCUGGUGCAGUGGCUGUGUGAGCAGUGUGUUUACGUCCGAUGUCGGACCGCCGCCGCGCGUGUCUGGCAGGUGCUGCUGGAGCUGGGAGUCCUUCUGUCCGUGGACCAGCGAGUGGUCUUCUCCGACUCCAACACGUACUACCAGUUCAGUUUCGAGGAGUGCGACUCGACCGCCUGUGAGUUUCGUGCCAACGAGGGGGAUUGGCCAGAGGCUGUUAGGCUCCUCCUACAACUUGCUCCAUACGUUCAAUUUCGCUCAGGAGACCGAAACAACAGCCCGUCAGAGGAGGACUCUGAAGGAAACCGCGAUGUGUGCAGUGAGAUUCUGCAGAUGAAAGCUCUGGAAAGGCUCACAUCCACGGUGCAAAAUGAGCUGGCGGCUGCUCUCGCCCGAAAGACACGCAAAGCUUUAGCGGAGCAGGACUCUGACAUGGUCGAGACCAGGCAGCAGGAGAUUCGUUCACCCAGCGCGGAGACCAGCCCGCUGGGCAGCGUGUGCGCUCUGCGGGACGGUGGCGGCAGCGUCGGAGGAGGAGGAGGAGGAGUUGGCGGGAGUACGGGGAGCGUGUGCGCCCGAGAGGAGCUGACCAGCCGGCUGGGCUUGGAGGCCGUUCAGCGUCUGGCCAAGGAUGGCUGCCGGCUGCUGCAGAACCACAACUACCGGCUGCCUGACAGGAACCAGGCGGAGGUUGUUGGGAGGGUUUGUCUGAAGGAGCGAGGUCGGGACGUGUUGGUGUUGCAGCGAGUGACCACGACGCUGACGUCGCCAUCGGAGCGGCCCUCGCCCACAUCGUCAGGGGGCGGGUGCAGAGAGGAAGAUAAAAGGUAUGUGGUGGUGUCUGGAACGCCGCUGAAGAUCCUGGAGCAUCUGCUGAGUGACCUGCAGCUGGACGACCAGAGAGGGGCGCUGGAGUGCAGGGAGAGCGAAGUGCUGUUGGAUGACUUCCUGUUGACCUACCUGGUGUUCAUGUCCACCCACGACCUCUGUCAAGCCCUGCUGGGACACUACAGCAGCGCACGCAGCCGCGGCCAGGAGGAGGGCAAGGACGCCCUCUUCAGGAAGCGCAAGGUCCUGCAGCUGGUCUCCCACUGGAGCCGACUCUACAAGGACUUCCUGAAAGAGGAGGAGCAUGUUCGGGGCUUCAUGAAGACUCUUUACAGGUGUGUGUUGGAGGACCUGUACGAGUUCCCCGCGCUGGAGAACGACCUCAAAGAGUUCCAGAAGCUUCUGCGCCGCAGGCACACAGUGGAUGACUGCCCUCCCAACCAAAAGAGCAAGCAAAUGCACCAGCAGUUGAGUCUGAAGGAGAACUGUCUGCAGCUCCGACGUCCUCUUUCUGAGACGAGAGAAGUCAUUUGCUGCGUGUACGUGAGCAGCGACUCCUACCUGAGCGUGCACACUCAUCCCUCGCUGGAAGCUCACGAGCUGUUGAGGAUUGUUGGACUGAAGAUGGACAAGUCAGAGGAAGACACGGUGCUGGCUGUGGUGUCUCACACUGGAGAGCGGAGGAUGUUGCAUCCCAGCGAUUGUGUGUAUUCCGAGUCUCUGACCCCACAAGGCAAGCUUGUAGCGUGUCGCAGGGACCUCACGGAGAUGUUGCCUCCUUUAACAGACAGCGCUGAGCUCAGCAGGAGGCCUGCGCGCCUUUUGGGAAUCAACACCUGGGACAUGGCGGCGGCACUCACACACCUGGACUGGAGCCUCUUCAAAUCCAUCCAUGAGCAAGAGCUGGCGUACUACACCCUCAGCCGCGUCCCCGGCGGCGCCCACACCGCCGCGCUGUCCGUCCUGCUGCAGCGCUGCAACGAGGUCCAGCAGUGGGUCAUGUCCGAGGUCCUCAUGUGCGUGUCGCUCAACAAGAGGGUGCAGCUGCUCAAGAAGUUCAUCAAGAUCGCGGCGCACUGCAAGGCUCAGAGGAAUUUGAACUCUGCCUUCGCCAUCAUCAUGGGCCUGAACACCGCCGCCGUCAGUCGCUUGAACCAAACCUGGGAGAAAUGUCCUGGCAAGUUCAAGAAGCUCUUCUCGGAGUUGGAGCUGAUCACGGAUCCAUCUCUGAACCACAAAGCCUACAGAGAAGCGUUCAAGAGGAUGAAGCCUCCAAAGAUCCCUUUCAUGCCUCUUCUCCUAAAAGAUAUCACCUUCAUCCACGAGGGCAACAAGACCUUCCACGACAACCUGGUCAACUUUGAGAAGUUGCACAUGAUCGCAGACACAGUCCGAAUGAUCCGACACUGCCAAAGUGAACAACCAGGCAACGAGGUGAUCGGGGCGGACAGCGCCGACCUGAGGGCGAGCGUCCACUACCUGCACAUCAUCGACAAUCAGCAGACGCUCUUCCAGCUGUCCCACAAACUGGAGCCUCGGGCCUGACGGGCCGCCACGGUGGUGAUGCCAGGAGCAGUGAGUAGUCGUUGAACACCAGGACGCCCAGCUCAGCACCAGGUGCCAUUUUUUUGUCCCCCCUUUGCGUGUGCCAGCAGGAUGUAAUGACGCUGUACAGUAUCUAUUGGACUAAAUAUGAUCUUCUGGGUCCUUCUGAGGCGGAAUGUUCCUUUUAUUUGUGACGGCCGCCUCAUUUCACGUACCAAAAAAAAGAUUUUUGAUGUCGUCUUUAUGUUUGACUGCAUAUCUAUUGAAUACGUUCCACGCACAAGCUGCUAGGCGUGUCUUGUUUACCUUUUUGUUGUGCGGUUGACGGCGAGACACGAGCGUUCAUGAAACUUACCUCCAACACGGCCGGGGGCCACUUUUCACCGUGGACUGAAGGGAACCUUUUUGACUGACCCGGAAGUCCUCCAACAAGGUGUCCUGGUUGUGGUGUGGCCUGAUAUCCUGCAUCACCAAUGCACUCUUUAAGGCGAUUUUCUCUCUCACACGAGCAGCUGAAGUCCAGAGGGGCGUGUUUAAUAGCUCGCCACGCCACCUGGGGUUGCCAUGGAUACAGCCAAAUCGAUAACAUUUGUACGAUCAGUGUUUGUGCAGACAAUUCUACUCCAAAUGUUUGGUUGCAUUUCUACACAUAAAGUGUUGGUUUUGUAAUGUCACAGAAUCGUACUCUUUAUCGGCAAGAACACUUUGUGGGGACCGUCUAAUGAGAUCCAGGACAAGAUUUGUCGUCUGUACACCAGACCAGUGUUUCCCACCUAAACAUAAGACGCACAAAUUGUGUUUUGUACAUAUGUUAGCCGCACUCGUCUGUUGGCCGCAGUGUGACAUAACGUUUUUACACAGGCGCUUGUUUUAAUUCGCAAAUGUAACAAAAGUCAGCAAAGCGUGUAACAAAGCGUCCUUCUCCUACUCCUGCGCGCUAGUCGUCGUUUUUGGGGAUCCAGCUUUUUUCUAUCGUCUUUGGCUUCGGGGCUGCGUCUUGUGCGUUUCCUCCAUGACGAUGGUGAGUCCAUAGCGUGCCCAAUGGCUGGCUGGAUGAUUGUGUGAGUGUGUGUGAUUUAAUGUGGACAUUUUCAUUGGUCUGAAGGGAUGAAGAUACAUUUUUUUAAAUUAUAAUUAAUCAUUAUUAGAUGACCCUUUUUUCUAAUUACGCAUGUGCAUGUAUUUUUUGUUAAAAGGCCAAAUAAAAGAAAAAUCUGUUAUUAUUACUAUCAACAUUUCAGCCUUUUCUUGUUACAUUUAUGCCCUUUGGUUGUAUUUUUGCCGGGGUUUUUUUUCAUUUUAUUUCUACAAUGUGCUUACGUAUUUCCCUGGAAAAGACGGGAAGUUUUGCCGAGUAUCUCUAGACUCUGUCUGGUCUUAUGGAGGCGUUCCGCACGCUUCCACGCCUCGUCUUUGGGGCAUGGCGGUCAAGCCUUUCGGACCCCUUUUUCUAUCGUCUUUGGCUUCGGGGCUGCGUCUUGUGCGUUUCCUCCAUGACGAUGGUGAGUCCAUAGCGUGCCCAAUGGUUGGCUGGAUGAUUGUGUGAGUGUGUGUUAUUUAAUGUGGACAUUUUCAUUGGUCUGAUGGGAUGAGUAUACAUUUUUUUAAAUUAUUAUUAUUAUUAGAUGACCCUUUUGUCUAAUUUGCACAAUUGACCAUUACGCAUGUGCAUGUAUUUUUUGUUAAAAGGCCAAUUAAAAGAAAAAUCUGUUAUUACUAUCAACAUUUCGGCCUUUUCUAGUUACAUUUAUGCCCUUUUGUUCUAUUUUUGCCGGGGGUUAUUUCAUUUUAUUUCUACAAUGUGCUUACGUAUUUCCCUGGAAAAGACGGGAAGUUUUGCCGAGUAUCUCCAGACUCUGUCUGGUCUUAUGGAGGCGUUCCGCACGCUUCCACGCUUCGUCUUUGGGGCAUGGCGGUCAAGCCUUUCGGACCCCUUUUUCUAUCGUCUUUGGCUUCGGGGCUGCGUCUUGUGCGUUUCCUCCAUGACGAGGGUGAGUCCAUAGCGUGCCCAAUGGCUGACUGGAUGAUUGUGUGAGUGUGUGAUUUAAUGUGGACAUUUUCAUUGGUCUGAAGAGAUGAAGAUACAUUUUUUUAAAAUGAUUAUUAAUCAUUAUUAGAUGACCCUUUUUUCUAAUUACACAUGUGCAUGUAUUUUUUGUUAAAAGGCCAAAUAAAAGAAAUAUCUGUUAUUAUUACUAUCAACAUUUCAGCCUUUUCUUGUUACAUUUAUGCCCUUUUGUUCUAUUUUUGCCGGGGUUUUUUCCAUUUUAUUUCUACAAUUUGCUUACGUAUUUCCUUGGAAAAGACGGGAAGUGUUGCCGAGUAUCUCUAGACUCUGUCUGGUCUUAUGGAGGCGUUCCGCACGCUUCCACGCCUCGUCUUUGGGGCAUGGCGGUCAAGCCUUUCGGACCCCUUUUUCUAUUGUCUUUGGCUUCGGGGCUGCGUCUUGUGCGUUUCCUCUAUGACGAGGGUGAGUCCAUAGCGUGCCCAAUGACUGACUGGAUGAUUGUGUGGGUGUGUGAUUUAAUGUGGACAUUUUCAUUGGUCUGAAGAGAUGAAGAUAAAUUUUUUUUUAAUUAUUAUUAAUCAUUAUUAGAUGACCCUUUUUUCUAAUUACACAUGUGCAUGUAUUUUUUGUUAAAAGGCCAAAUAAAAGAAAUAUCUGUUAUUAUUACUAUCAACAUUUCAGCCUUUUCUUGUUACAUUUAUGCCCUUUUGUUCUAUUUUUGCCAGGGUUUUUUCCAUUUUAUUUCUACAAUUUGCUUACGUAUUUCCUUGGAAAAGACGGGAAGUGUUGCCGAGUAUCUCUAGACUCUGUCUGGUCUUAUGGAGGCGUUCCGCAUGCUUCCACGCCUCGUCUUUGGGGCAUGGCGGUCAAGCCUUUCGGACCCAUUUUUCUAUUGUCUUUGGCUUCGGGGCUGCGUCUUGUGCGUUUCCUCCACGACGAGGGUGAGUCCAUAGCGUGCCCAAUGACUGACUGGAUGAUUGUGUGAGUGUGUGUUAUUUAAUGUGGACAUUUUCAUUGGUCUGAAGAGAUGAAGAUACAUUUUUUUUAAAUUAUUAUUAAUCAUUAUUAGAUGACCCUUUUUUCUAAUUACACAUGUGCAUGUAUUUUUUGUUAAAAGGCCAAAUAAAAGAAAUAUCUGUUAUUAUUACUAUCAAUAUUUCAGCCUUUUCUUGUUACAUUUAUGCCCUUUGGUUGUAUUUUUGCCGGGGGUUUUUUUCAUUUUAUUUCUACAAUGUGCUUACAUAUUUCCCUGGAAAUGACGGGAAGUGUUGCAGAGUAUCUCCAGACUCUGUCGAGUCUUAUGGAGGCGUUCCGCACGCUUCCACGCCUCGUCUUUGGGACAUGGCGGUCAAGCCUUUCGGACCCCUUUUUCUAUCGUCUUUGGCUUCGGGGCUGCGUCUUGUGCAUUUCCUCCAUGACGAGGGUGAGUCCAUAGCGCGCCCAGUGGCUGGCUGAAUGAUUGUGUGAGUGUGUGUGAUUUAAUGUGGACAUUUUCAUUGGUCUGAUGGGAUGAAGAUACUUUUUUUAAAAAUUAUUAUUAUUAUUAGAUGACCCUUUUGUUUAAUUUGCAUAAUUGACCAUUACGCAUGUGCAUGUAUUUUUUUUUAUAAAAGGCCAAAUAAAAGAAAAAUCUGUUAUUAUUACUAUCAACAUUUCAGCCUUUUCUUGUUACAUUUAUGCCCUUUGGUUCUAUUUUUGCCAGGGUUUUUUUUCAUUUUAUUUCUACAAUGUGCUUACGUAUUUCCCUGGAAAAGACGGGAAGUGUUGCCGAGUAUCUCCAGACUCUGUCUAGUCUUAUGGAGGCGUUCCGCACGCUUCCACGCCUCGUCUUUGGGGCAUGGCGGUCGAGGCUUUCGGACCCCUUUUUCUAUCAUCGUUGGCUUCGGGGCUGCGUUUUGUGAAUUUUCAUCCAUGACUUGGGUGAGUCCAUAACGCGCUAAAUGGCUGACUGAAUGAUUGUGUGUGUGUGUGUGUGUGUGUGUGUGUGUGUGUGU